AUGGCUCCUCCGACCGCCAUCUCCCCCGUCCGCGACUUCGCCGUAACCUACUCCACCGGCAAGUCCGCGCCGGCCGUCCCCGCCGCCGCCGCCGAGGCCAAGACCAAGGUCGAGGACAUGUUCGGCAAGUGGGACACCUUCACCUUCGCGCCCAUCCGCGAGUCGCAGGUCUCGCGCGCCAUGACGCGGCGCUACUUCGCCGACCUCGACACCUACGCCGAGUCGGACAUCGUCAUCGUCGGCGCGGGCUCCUGCGGGCUGUCCACGGCCUACGUGCUCGCCAAGGCGCGCCCGGACCUCAAGAUCGCCAUCGUCGAGGCCGGCGUCUCCCCGGGCGGCGGCGCGUGGCUCGGCGGCCAGCUCUUCAGCGCCAUGGUCAUGCGCAAGCCGGCGGACGUGUUCCUGGAUGAGCUCGGCGUCGCGUACGACGACGAGGGCGACUUUGUGGUGGUGAAGCACGCCGCGCUGUUCACGUCGACGGUGCUCAGCCGCGUGCUGCAGUUCCCGAACGUGAAGCUGUUCAACGCGACGGCGGUCGAGGAUCUGAUCACGCGCAAGGAGGCGGACGGCAGCGUGCGGGUUGCCGGUGUGGUGACGAACUGGACGCUGGUGAGCAUGCACCACGACGACCAGAGCUGCAUGGACCCGAACACAAUCAACGCGCCGCUCGUGAUCUCGACGACGGGCCACGAUGGGCCGUUUGGUGCGUUCUCUGUGAAGAGGCUCGUGAGCAUGAAGCAGAUUGAGCAGCUUGGCGGGAUGCGCGGGUUGGAUAUGAAGGAGGCCGAGGACGCGAUCGUGAAGGGGACGAGGGAGAUUGUAAAGGGGUUGAUUGUGGGUGGCAUGGAGCUCUCGGAGGUUGACGGGGCGAACCGCAUGGGUCCUACCUUUGGCGCCAUGGCUCUCUCAGGUGUCAAGGCCGCCGAGGAGGCGUUGGCUGUUAUCGACGCCCGCAAGAAGGAGAACGAGCUCUGA